AUGGGUUUGGCAUCGUCGAAAGCCGUCAACAGCAUUGCCGGCAGUGGCAAUGGCACUGGCGGGCCUGGGACCGGGACGGGCGAUGGUAGCCGUGGUAUCAUUUUGGGCAAUGGGCGUCAAAGCAAGGAUAGUGUUAUUCUGGAGACCGCCGCCACCUACCCGGUGUCGGACAAUCGCCAAUCGCCGUGCUCCAUACUUCCGUCGCCGUCCGGAAGCACCAGUGUUGACACUUGGAAAUCGGCUGCCAGCUGCCAUGUCCGACAGGCCAGCAUACGAUCGCGUAAUCUACAGCCCAUGCCGGAUAGCGGCGAGUUAGAUCGUCGCUUCGCAAAAGUGCUGGCCUCUAUGGAUCUGCCACCCGACAAGGCGAAGCUGUUGAAAAAUUAUGACAAUGCAAAAAAAUGGGACAUCAUAUGCGACCAGGAAAUGGUACAUGCUAAAGAUCCUCCAGCACACUACCUUACGAAGUUACGAACCUAUCUAGAUCCCAAGGCCUCCCGAAGUCAUAGGAAACGAAAAAUGGUCGGUGAAUCAACGUCGACGCAAGUGUUGCGCGACCUUGAAAUCUCUCUCCGAACGAACCACAUCGAGUGGGUGAAGGAGUUUCUAGAUGAAGAAAACCAGGGUUUGGAUGCGCUGAUCGAUUAUCUCAGCUUCCGGCUGGCUAUGAUGCGCCACGAACAGCGCAUUCUGGAGGCAAAAUCGGAAUCGGACGAAGGGCUCAACCCGAAGGAUGGUCUAAACAUCGGCAACAACUCAUUCGGAAGCAACGAAACCAACCAUAAGUCGAUCCCGAGCGGUUUUAUGAGACCAGGAUUGGGUGAUAUGAUGGACAGUCCCAGCAUCAAGCGUCGGUCGAGGCACAUCGCCAAGCUCAAUAUGGGACUCACGACGGACGACAUUCAUGUGUGCAUCAUGUGCAUGCGUGCGAUCAUGAAUAACAAAUACGGUUUCAAUAUGGUCAUACAGCACCGGGAAGCCAUCAAUUGCAUCGCACUCAGCUUGAGCCACAAAUCGCUUCGCACGAAGGCACUGGUGCUGGAACUGCUGGCCGCCAUUUGCCUCGUGAAGGGCGGUCACGAGAUCAUUCUGUUCGCGUUCGAUAACUUUAAGAAGGUGUGCUCGGAACAGCGUCGUUUUCAGACCCUGAUGGAGUACUUCAUGAACUAUGAGCUGUUCAACAUUGACUUCAUGGUAGCAUGCAUGCAGUUUGUCAACAUCGUCGUCCACUCGGUAGAGGACAUGAACUAUCGUGUGCACCUCCAGUACGAGUUUACUGCUCUCGGGUUGGAUGAGUAUCUCGAGAAGCUGCGACUGACGGAAUCCGAGGAGCUACACGUGCAGAUUUCCGCAUACCUCGAUAAUGUGUUCGAUGUGGCCGCCCUGAUGGAGGACAGUGAAACGAAAACGGCCGCCCUGGAGCGCGUGAAUGAACUAGAGGACGAGUUGGGCCGUGCUCUGGAUCAAGCCAGUGAAAUCGAGCGGGAAGCGCUGUUCAAGAUCGGCGAACUUGAAGCGGAGCUGAGCCGUACGAGGAGUGAGCGUGAUGAGCUGUAUCAAAAGCAGCUGGCGGUCGAGGAUGAAAUUAUCAAACUGAAACGGGCCCUGAAACAGCACGAACAGGAAUCUCAGAGCCGCCAGUCGAUGCUAUUGGAGCUGGAAAAUUUGACCAAAACUCUGCCGAAAGGAACGUCUAUUGCGGACGUUUCAAACCUACUGGCCAAAGGUGGUCUGUCCGAGCUCAGUCCAACCGGUAGCGGCAGCAGCAGUAGCGGCGGAGCUAGCCAACAGGCACCUCCUAUACCUCCACCCCCGGCACCGCCAGCUCCAUGUGUUGCUCCCAUGCCUCCACCACCACCCUGUCCUCCGGCACCGCCGUCUGGUAGUGAGCCGCCGAGAGCCCCUCCAAAACCUCCGACGUUCAUUCCUGUGCCACCGCCUAUGGGAGGCAGUGGAUAUAACGGGGCACUCCACUGCACGGAUGGUGCGAUGACCAUCAAGCGCAAAGUGCAACCAAAGUAUAAACUGCCAACGUUAAACUGGGUUGCACUGAAACCAAACCAGGUACGCGGUACGAUAUUCAACGAAUUAGACGAUGAGAAACUGCACCGGCAGAUCGAUUUCGUUGACUUUGAGGAACGGUUCAAGAUCGGUAUGGGUGGUCCAGUUACCAACGGAAGCUGUGAUAUGGAUGGUUUGUCCACAUUCCCUAGCAAGCGAUUCAAAAAGCCCGAGCAUAUUUCACUGCUUGAACACACGAGACUAAGAAACAUUGCAAUAUCUCGACGAAAGUUGGAAAUGCCGGCUGAGACGGUUAUCAAAGCGAUCAACAACCUCGAUCUCAAGCUUCUGUCGCUGGAAAACGUAGAAUUGUUACAGAAGAUAACACCGACGGACCAGGAACAGAAGCUGUAUAAGGAGUAUGUGAUAGAGAAGAAGGACCUGAAUCAGUUGACCGAAGAGGACAAGUUUAUGCUACAGCUAACGAAAGUGGAGCGAAUUUCGUCCAAACUCUCGAUCAUGAACUACAUCGGCAACUUUUUCGAUUGCUUGCAUCUAAUUAGUCCGCAAGUUUAUUCGAUCAUCUCAGCCUCGUCUUCGAUAAAAUCAUCCAAGAAGUUCCGCGCGGUGCUCGAAGUGAUACUGGCGUUCGGAAACUAUCUAAACAGCAGCAAACGCGGCCCGGCCUACGGCUUCAAGUUGCAGUCCCUAGACACGCUGCUCGACACCAAAUCCAACGACAAGCGCAUGAGCUUGAUGCACUACAUUGUAGCCACUAUUCGACAAAAGUUUCCCGAGUUAAUGAACUUUGAUACAGAGCUCUUUUGUAUCGACAAAGCGGCCCAGGUAUCGCUUGAGAUGCUCAUCUCCGACGUGAAUGAACUGGAAAAGGGCAUGGAAACGGUACGAAAAGAAGCCGAAUUGCGUGGUAAAGGCAUCCACAGUCACGUGUUGCGUGAUUUUCUGGGAAACUCGGAAGAGAAGUUGAAAAAGAUCAAGUCUGAAUGUAAAACAUCACAGGAAUCAUUCAAAGAAUGUAUCGAAUACUUUGGCGAGUCAUCCAGAAAUGCCGAUGCGAACGCAUUCUUCUCAUUGCUAGUCCGUUUCGUACGAGCCUUUAAGACAUGUGAUCAGGAAAACGAACAACGACGACGGCUGGAAGCAGCCGCACUGCAAGCGUCCGUUAAAAAGGAUGAGGAGGAGCAGGUGGUGCUGCGUAACAAUAAAAUUAAUAGCCAAAAGAAACAACAGGAGGCUGUUAUCAACGAAUUAAAAUUAAAAACACACGCUGUGCGUGAGAAAAAGCUUCUUCAGCAAGAUGAAGUAUAUAACGGAGCUUUGGAAGACAUUUUGCUGGGACUGAAGAACGAACCAUAUCGGCGAGCGGACGCUGUACGGAGAAGUCAGCGCCGUCGAAUUGAUAGUAAUAGGCUCUCUAGAACAAUGGAAGAAGUAGACUUUUGAAGACGUGUUGUGUUUAUCGGGUUCAAGUAUGAUUAAUGUAAUAUUAUUUUUAAAUUGUACAUUUGUCUUGGCAUUUUACCACUUUCCUCAUCUGAGAAUAUGUUUUCUUUUUGCCCACAACGUGUAAGUAAUUGAUGGUUUGAAGCAAAUCAAUAAUCAAUAGAGUUUUUCUGUUCCUAUGCGUUAAUAUUGAUAAGAAUAUUAUAUCAAUUGAAUGAAACUUUGAUUGUUUUUAAGUAAUUUUUAUUUAUUUUUAAGACAUAGUUGUACAAUUCAAACCAACCCUAAAAAGUUCUACAUCAUCUCAAAAAUGUCGAUUGAAUUCUCAUUCACAUUCCGCUAUUCGAGCUUUUGAUCGAGCAACUGCAGUAGAGACAUUUUCCAAUACACCGCACAUGGGAGGAUAAAUUAUAAUUUUUAUUGUCGUUCAAGAAACCGCGGGAUGAUAUUAUUUUUUGGUAUUCUAUACUAAAUGGUGUAAUCUAUCAAACUGAUAUUUUAAAAAACUAUCUCUUCAUAUGAAACAUUUAAAAGUAAACUGACCGCAGUGAUUGAAACGAAUGCUAAAUUACGAGCUUUAAGACAGCGCACAACACUUGCUAACCAAUGUGUACAUGUUUAAUUUUUAGCGUACAAAACUUUACACAUGUACAACGACUUUAAACACACACAGUGCAAAUUGUACAAUUUUCGGUGCUUAGAAAACGAGUUACAAUAACUGGCAAUACGAAUAUCAAACUGAACAUAGAAAACUUGUAAAACAGCAUUUUAUAAUCUACAACAGGUAUACAUACUGAAAGGUGCAAACAUAAGAGCAUCUUUAUUUCUUCUCAUGCUUAUGCAAUUGCAACUAUGACACCUAUGAUAAGGUUUUACACAAUUUUUCAUAAAUAAACUGAAAGCUUCCA